AUGUCAACGCCACGAGAGCAAGAGGCAGCAGAAUACCUCAAGAAACACAACAUUAGUGACCUGAUGGAUAAUUUAACUAGCAUGCUUUUCUUCUACAGACCAGAGCGCCCUAGGGAAUUUCUGAUUGACCAGUUGGAAAAGCUCAAAGUGUCCAAAUUUCGUCCAGGGGACAGUCCAUGUCUCUUUAAUGACUCCAACUUAGAAGCACUGUUCGGAAUCCUGGAUCCUUCCCAUCAAGGUUACAUCACGUAUGGUCAGUACAAAGAAGCACUGAAGACACUUGGUAUCAAGAAUUUCAAUGAGUUCCCAGAUGGAACUAGUGAUGACAGAAUAUCACAGGAGACAUUCAUAAGAGAGGCGAAAGAAGGGCUGCUCAGAAGUACAGCAACAUUCCAGGCAUAGGUUUUCUUUGGAGAAUUUGACAUCUCUGUUCUUAUUAGCAUAAUAAGCAUCUUUAUAACUGUUUUUAUAUUAAAAUAGUGAUUUAGAUGGAAAACAUUUCCAGAUAUGUAUUAAAAUGUGAUAUGAAAUAAACCAA